CACGUGCAGCUGUUUAAGUCGCGUCAGCGCCGGUGAGGACUCCGGGAGAGCAAGCUGCAGAGAGCUGCCAUGGGAGAUGAAGAUUGGGAAGCAGAGCUAAUCAACCCUCAUGUGUCUUCCUAUGUUCCUGUAUUUGAGAAGGAUAGGUAUUCUUCUGGAGCAAAUGGAGACACUUUUAACAGGACUCUGGCUUCAUCAUCAGAAAUGGGUGAUGGAUCGUCUCGAAGAGAUCAUUUCAUGAGAAGUGGAUUUGCCUCUGGGAGGAGUUUGGGAAACAGAGAUCCUGGUGAGUCUAAUAAAAGAGAAAAUACGUCCAGAGUGGGUGGUUUUGGAGUUGGAAAGAGUUUUGGAAACAGAGGUUUUUCAAAUAACAAGUUUGAAGAAGGUGAUAGCUCUGAUUUCUGGAGAGAGUCUAGUAAUGACUGUGAAGAUAAUCAAACACGGAACAGAGUGUUUUCCAAGAGAGGCGGUUAUCAAGUCGGCAAUGAUUCAGAAGCUUCAGGAUCGUCCAGAAGAGGUGGAAGAGGCGGAAGAGGUGGAAGAGGUAGUUUCCGAGGUUGCCGUGGAGGAUUUGGUCUAGGAAGUCCAAAGAGCGAAUAUGAACAAGAUGAGAGGACCCAGCGCUCUGGUGGCAUUUUUGGUUCUAGAAGAUCAGCAUUAAGUGGUGCAGGUAAUGGUGACACUUUCCAAAGCAGAAGAGGUCGUAGAAGUGGACGAGGUGGUUACAAAGGUUUAAAUGAAGAAGUAAUUACAGGCUCUGGAAAAAAUUCUUGGAAGUCAGAAGCUAAAGGAGGAGAAAGUGGUGACACUAAGGGUCGAAAAGUGACCUACAUACCACCUCCUCCACCUGAAGAUGAGGACUCCAUCUUUGCACAUUAUCAGACAGGCAUAAACUUUGACAAAUAUGAUACUAUUCUUGUAGAAGUAUCUGGACAUGAUCCACCACCAGCAAUUCUGACUUUUGAAGAAGCUAAUCUUUGUUGGAUAUUGAAUAACAACAUUGCUAAAGCUGGUUAUACUAAGCUUACUCCUGUGCAAAAAUACAGUAUUCCUAUUAUACUAAGAGGACGAGAUUUGAUGGCUUGUGCUCAGACAGGCUCUGGAAAGACUGCAGCUUUUCUCUUGCCAAUUUUGGCUCAUAUGAUGCGUGAUGGAAUAACCGCCAGUCGUUCUAAAGAACUGCAGGAACCAGAGUGUAUUAUUGUAGCACCAACUCGAGAGUUGAUCAGUCAGAUCUAUUCGGAAGCCAGAAAAUUUUCUUUUGGGACUUGCGUAAGAGCAGUUGUCACAUAUGGGGGAACCCAGUUGAGGCAUUCAAUUCGACAAAUAGUACAAGGCUGUAAUAUAUUAUGUGCUACUCCUGGGAGACUGAUGGAUAUCAUAGGCAAAGAAAAGAUUGGUCUCAGACAAGUCAAAUACUUAGUUUUGGAUGAAGCUGAUUGCAUGCUGGAUAUGGGUUUUGGACCAGAGAUGAAAAAGUUAAUUUCCUGCCCAGGAAUGCCGUCAAAGGAACAGCGUCAGACCCUUAUGUUCAGUGCGACUUUUCCAGAAGAAAUUCAGAGGUUGGCUGGGAAGUUUUUAAAGUCAAAUUAUUUGUUUGUUGCCGUUGGACAAGUGGGUGGCGCAUGUACAGAUGUUCAGCAGACCAUUCUUCAAGUUGGCCAGUACUCAAAAAGAGAAAAACUUGUUGAAAUUCUACAAAACAUAGGUGAUGAAAGAACUAUGGUCUUUGUUGAAACUAAGAAAAAAGCAGAUUUUAUUGCCACUUUGCUUUGUCAAGAAAAAAUAUCAACAACAAGUAUUCAUGGUGAUCGUGAACAGAGAGAAAGAGAGCAAGCUCUUGGAGAUUUCCACCGUGGAAAGUGCCCCGUUCUUGUUGCUACUUCAGUAGCUGCACGAGGGCUGGAUAUUGAAAAUGUUCAGCAUGUUAUUAAUUUUGAUCUUCCUUCUACCAUUGAUGAAUAUGUUUAUCGAAUUGGGCGUACUGGUCGUUGUGGAAAUACUGGCAGAGCUAUUUCCUUUUUUGAUCUGGAAUCGGAUAGCCAUUUAGCACAGCCUCUAGUGAAAGUGCUAUCAGAUGCUCAACAGGAUGUUCCUGCCUGGUUAGAAGAAAUUGCCUUUAGUACAUAUGGUCCUGGCUUCAGUGGUAGGACAAGAGGAAAUGUGUUUGCACCAGUUGAUACUAGAAAGAAUUACCUCCGCAGGAGCUCUUUGAACACAGCAGGGUUUUCUUCAUCACAAGCUCCUAAUCCAGUAGAUGAUGAGUCAUGGGAUUAAGACGAAAAUAACCAGCAAGUCUGUGGUACAGUUGUGAUGCAGAGAAGAAAGUAGUUUUGAUUUUUGAUUUUUUAAAACAGAAGUAUGAAACCUUGCAUCUCCUAUCCUUCUGUUCGUACUCCCACCCUUAAAAAAAAAACCCUUACUGACUAGUUAUGUGAAAUGCUAAAAGUUACAACGAUGCAAUUACUAAUACAAAUGGUGUUAACUAGAAAGAUUAAAACAUUCUAAAUGCCUUGCCUAUUUCUAUUGUAUUCUUCAAGGGUUUUAGACAUACUUCAUGUCUAAAUGCCAUGUCUUAGUAUAGUGUUUAUUGAUCCUAGAGCAAACAGGAUUAUAGGAUACACUUUUGGUUA